AUGGCCCAGGGCAACUUCGAGCCUCGGAAUGUCGACACAGCCAACGAUAUUGCAGGAGAGCCCCUCGAGGCUCAGGGCCCACUGAUGGCGGGCUGCAGGCGUGUGGGCACUGGAUCCGUUAUCGACUGGAGCCCGUACGAGAAGAUUUUCAUCCUUGCGUUUGCUAAUGUACCAUGGCAGAUCUACGGCAACUUGCGAUCCAACAGGCGACUUGUCAAUGGCUGCUCUGGUCCUGGCUCGUGGGGCUCGGACGGCGGUGGUAGGGGGCGGCUUGAAAACUCCGAAGUGUCUGCGGACAGGACCCUGGAAGAAGACAGCAAUACGCAGAGGAGGGCCGAAGAGAGGGCCAACGUGCCGUUGACGCGAGGUGCAGAUAGAGUUGUCCGUUGUCAGUUGACAGUAGCCGAUCCAAUGCCACGCUACAAGCGGCCGGUGGUGGCGGCUGCAGCAGCGUCAAGCGAGAGGCGAGAUGCGUCGUCGCCGGCAGCUCAAGCUCUGUGCGAGGUGCACCUAUGCGAGCCUGUUUGCCUGGCUUGCUUGCCUGCCUGCUUGCCUGCCUGGGCCCUGGAGGCGCUGAUGGCCAGCCAGCUCUGGUUCUUGGUCGAGCUCUCUGCCCUGGUAUCAGUUCGGGAGGGCUCGACGCAGUUUUGGGGUCAAUCGCGUUUGACGCUGUUGAGGAAUUAUCCGAAGAGAAAGAUGACCCUGGGACUGCACUAA